AUGGAAGCUGAAGAAACGAAUAUCACGUUGAAUACAGUGGAUAGUAUCGAUUCGUUUGUGCACGAGAUUCAGAGUGGUCAUUGGGAUACGGUGCUGAAGGUGAUUCAACCACUGAAAUUACCCGCGAAGAAAUUGAUUGAUCUUUACGAGCAGAUUGUUAUCGAGCUGACAGAACUUCGCGAGAUUGGAUGUGCACGUCUGCUGCUGAGACAGACUGAUCCAAUGCAGUUGCUGAAGAACAUGGAACCUGAGAGGUAUUGUUUCAUAUCGUCCCGAUUAUCUCUUUUAUCUGAUCGAUACGAAUCUAUUUGUGUUUAUCCCAUGGAAUUUGAGUUCACAUUAAGCAGUGGAAGUAAAUUUUAG